AUGGCAGCUGUGUCGGCAACAACUUCCGAAAGACCACCAUCAACUGUAAAAGCAUCCUGCACAAUUUGUUUUAAACCGAUUGGGAUUUUGAGAUGUGAAGGAUGUCAGAAAAUAUUCUGCUUCUCUGAUUUAACUCAGCACCGUAAUCAACUUUCUACCGAAUUAGACGCACUUGCCGAUGAACAUGACACAUUUAAGCAAACACUGAACCAAACAGAAGCCGAUCCUCGUACCCAUGAACUUAUACAUCGCAUUGAUGCUUGGGAAAACGAAUCUAAGCAAAAGAAGCUCGUCAUGAGAUCAUAA